AUGGACAGAACCGGAGUGACCAAGCCUCACGUGUAUCUCCGCGAAUCCAUCGACUGGGCACGGUGGGAGGUGUUCUUCGCGGACGAGCGGUACGUGGGGCUGGACGACAAGGAGAGCAACUACCACGCGUGCAACGAGGAGCUCUUCCGCCACGUGCCCAUCCCCGCCGACCACAUCCACACCAUCGACGUGUCCGCAAAGGUGGAGAGCAAGCUGGGCCGAGGCGGCAAGGCGCUGCCGCAGUUCGACCUCAUCCUGCUGGGCAUGGGUCCCGACGGCCACACCUGCUCCCUCUUCCCCUUCCACGCGCUGCUCAAGGAAGACCAGCUCCUCGUGGCGCCGAUCAGCGACUCGCCCAAGCCGCCGCCGGAGAGGAUCACCUUCACGCUGCCGCUGGUCAACGCGGCCCGCAACGUGGCCUUUGUCGUCACCGGCGACGCCAAGAAGAACGUCCUCUUCAACAUCCUCGAGGGCAAGGAGGAGAAGGAGGGCGAGCUGCCGUCGAAGCACGUGUGGCCGACGGAGGGCGGCCUCUACUGGUUCGUGGACCAGCCCGCCGCCUCGCUCCUCCAGGUCUACGUCGCCUCGUGCAACCUUUGA